AUCGGGAUUUGAAGUCCAAACUUGGCUAAAUCCCGAAAAUACCCCACGGAGAGAGAGAGAGAGAGAUCGCAGCAGAACCUGUUCACCCCUACUCGGAGUACACUGAGAGAGUACAGAGACGGAGACUAUCUGUUAGAAGGCUUCAAAUUCACCAAUAAAAAUUAUACCCAGAUUCUCUUUAUUUUGUUGUCCAAGCUUGACAAGUUCUAUUAGGAGAGGGUAAAAGGCAUCUGCCGUUGGAGCAUUGCUUGACUUAAGUUGAUUAUGGGUGAGAAGAAUGCAGUGGCUGAAGUUGCUAAGACAGCAGCAAAUGGGACUAGCCUGCCAGAGGAAAUGGAUAAAGCUGUGACCAAGGAGAAAGAGGAGAAAAAGGGAGUGGAAGACAUGGAAGAAGAUAUGAAGGAUGAUGAGAAUUACGAGGCUGCCGAAAUUGAUGAAGACGAAAACAAGGAAAGCAAAGAAGAAAAUGAAAAAGAAGUAACAGAGGAUCAGAAAACAGAGACAAUGGAAGAAGAUGCUAGUCCAAAUGCAAAGGAAGUGAUUGAAGAAAAGGACAACUCCAAAUACGAAGUGAAUGAAAAGGCUGAUGUGGUCAAGAAGAAAGAAAACGAGGAUGAUGAAAAAGCAGAGAGUAAGGCAGCAAAGGGCUCAAAGAAGCGCAGGAAAGGAAAGACUGAAGAGAAAGCAAAAGAGAAGACAAAGGAAGUUAAAGAGAAGAAGGAGCCAGAACCAAGGACUCCGACUAUUGACCGCCCCGUACGUGAAAGGAAAUCUGUUGAAAGGCUGGUGGCAUCGAUUGAGAAAGAAGCAGUCAAGGAAUUCCAAAUUGAAAAGGGCCGUGGUACCCUACUUAAGGAUAUUCCUAAUGUUGCAUUCAAGCUAUCAAGAAGAAAGACUGAUGACACUUUCAAACUGCUUCAUACAAUUCUCUUUGGAAGGAGAGGGAAGGCUAUUCAGGUCAAGAAUAAUAUAUCUCAGUUUUCUGGUUUUGUGUGGCAUGAAAAUGAGGAAAAACAGAUGAUCAAAGUUAAAGAGAAAUUUGACAAGUGUAACAAAGAGAAGUUGUCGGAAUUUUGUGAUGUCCUUGACAUUCCAAUUGUCAAGGCUACUACAAGGAAGGAAGACAUUGUUGCAAAGCUGAUAGACUUUUUGGUGGCCCCUCAUGCUACUAAUACUGUGCUUCUUGCAGAAAAAGAGAAGUCAAGUAAAUCGAGCAAAAAACGGAAGAGGGUGAUCAGAGGAAGUUCAUCAUCUGGAAGUGCAGCUUCAAAACGUUCAGCAAAGAGCCGAAGAAAGACUGAGGAUACAUCAAAAGAGGAUAAAAAGAGUUCAGUUGAAGCGGAGAACAAGUCUGACGAGGAGGAAAAGAAAGAGGAUGAAGAAAAUGAAGCAGAGGAGGAUGAGAAUGGUGUUCCAGAAAAAUCUGAGGAUGAGAUGCCUAAGCAUUCUGAAAAUGAGGAGAAAAUUGAUUCUGAAGAUGAAUCUGAAGAGGAGGUGGAGAAACGCAAAGAAAGUUCUAAAACAUCAACUAGAAAAAAGGAAUCUGCUGGGAAAGCUAAAAUCAAGAAAAUCACAGUUCCAACUAAAUCCAGUAUACCUCCUAAAAGAACACCCAAGAAAUCAUCUUCUAAACACUCCAAGGGUGAUGAGGACAAUGAUACAAAUCCAAAAGCACUCUCAAGGAUGAGGAAAAAUGAAAAGGUUGCGACAAAAGUAAAGGCUUCAACUCAAAUUAGACCUGUCUCCAGGGAAAAAUCUGGCAAAAAGGCUGCUAAAGUGAAGGACAAGGUUAAAAAAGAGAGACUCAGGCCAAGUGAUGAUAAGUUGAGGGAUGCAAUUUGUGAAAUUCUUAAAGAAGUUGACUUUAAUACGGCCACUUUUACCGAUAUCCUGAAGCAACUUGCUAAGAAGUUCAAUACGGAUCUCACCCCAAGAAAGUCAUCUAUAAAGAUAAUGAUACAGGCAGAGCUUACUAAACUAGCUGAUGAGGCAGACGACGAAGAAGAUGGAGAAGGUGAUGCCGAAAAGGAUGAAAACCAGUCUUACAGCCAAGAAGUGGAAACCUGAACGAUAGGAUUGAACGCGACUGCAGGGAAAUAGUUGGCUAUUUUUAUGUUCCUUUCUAAUUGCAGUUAUGCCCCACUUACUCCCGACGUCGCUCAAAAUCUCAUAGAGCUGGCUUUAAUAUGCUGUCGGAAUACACUAUUUGCCUGAAAGCAAACCAGUAGUUACUAGAGAUUAGCAGAGGACUCGAGCUGCGCUGUAGGAUUGUGGCUUGAAUGUAUACAUUAACAUAAACUGUAGGAAUUCUCCUGUCUUCAAUAUAAGUGACCUUUCAUGGAGGACUAUUUUGUUUCAGAUUCA